UUUGGUUCCGUUCAGUUCGAAUUGGGUAUAAUUCGCGUGAGGCUGAGACUUCAUGAAACGCAGCGGUCACAUAACAAACUUUCGGAAAAACCACCCACAUGUGUGUACAUGUAUGUACACACGUACAGGCGUAGAGAAUUUUCUAGCCGAAGGUUUCAGUUGUGAAAACAAACGAGCCGUUGUGACUGGACCUCUAGGUUUUCAUCAUCCAGUCAAAAGCUGCCUUAUUUUUAAAAAUAUAUCCUGACUAGUUAGAGUGUCGAGUGUCGAAUUAUUUAUUUUGCUUUACCUGAAUUGAAUUCGAGAUAUUCAAACAUUUCAGUCAAAGAAGCGAACGAAAUUAUAUUUGAUUAACUUUCGAGUGGUUUGAUUUUUAAUAGUGCUUUGUUAAAAAUUGUUUCGAUAUUCAAAUAGUGGGACGAAGUCCAUUUUCUAAAGAUGUAGCUUAAAGGCUAUUCAGAUCUUAGAUCCAUUCGAAUGUUAACGCAACUCAAGCUACAUCUCAAAAGGAAUGGACUCUAUAAAUGAGAUAAUUGACCAUCAGACAUUCAGCCAAGAGCUAGUGGAAGAUGCGACCGAGUUCAUCACUGUUGGGCACCACCCGGAGAGUCAGUCCCAGUGCCACCAUCAACAACAGGAAGAAGGGCCUGAUAACGGCGAGGAUCUGGCCAUGUCCAUGCAAACUAUGAUUGCGUGCUCGAGGGCAGACGGUUCGAGUGGGGAGAAAAAGAACCGCUCCUUAAAUGGAUCUGGGCCCGGAUCGGAGUCCGAUUCUGUUGUCAUGGUUAUUGACGCAAUGGGCCACAGCAAUAGGCAGACAUCAUAUCAACUCGUGCCUCAGCAGCUUCAGCUGCAGCAAAAAACAAUGCCAUUGUCAUUUGGACUUCUCCAUCAGGACCGGCACCGACAUCAUCUGUGCCAGGAGCGCAUGGUCAAUAGCAGCCCAGUGGACUUUGUGGCGUCAGACAUCAGCUUGGACAGCCUGACAGUGGACUCAAUUUCACAGGCGGUCCUCCCCCAAGAAAUAGGGGAUGGGGAGAAACAGAAGCUUAUCAUUGUCCAAGACAAAAGUCUAGAUCAAGCCAAUAAGCGCAUUCGAAUGCACGUGGAUGUUGCAAGCGUAAACGCAGAUCUUGGAGUGGACGUGGAUGAUAUGGAUGAAAUUUCUUCUGACGGUGUCGGCUGUGACGACGAAGGGGUUACUCUAAACCAGCACCACCAGCAUCUCUUGGAGGAGCAGCAGCAAUACGGCCUAACAAGUCAUCAUCCGCAUCACCAAGCUCAUGCCCAGACUCUCCAUGGCUUGCACCAUAGGUCGGCUCAGCUGGAAAUGGGCCUUGGAGGACUGCAUGGCGAGGUCCUUUCGGUUAUCGUUCAUUCGCAGGACAGCGACAAAGAAGUGGAUGGCGAAGGAGGUGCGGACGGAGAAGGAGAUGCUGAGGAUGAAGACGAUGAUGAUCGAGAUUCGCGUAGUCGUGGGCAGCUGCUCAGCCACAGUUCGUACCAGACGCUAACUUCGGUCAAUGAUCGACUUUCACCGCCUGGCUUUAGACAAACAUCAUAUGCCACGCUGACCCCCAUCCAACCACUUCCGCCUAUAUCAACGAUGUCCGAAAAGUUCGCCUACUCUGGCCACAUCUCUGGAGGAGACAGCGGCGAUACAGACGUUAAUGUUGGCGAGGGAGGAGGAGGAGUGGCUGAGGGCAGCGGAGUUACCCAUCAGUCCGCCGACGCGGUUGGGACUGGUUCGGGCUCUGUUGGUAACGUGGCUUCCUCUGGGUGCAGCAGUACCGAUUGCAGUUCUUUCUCUGCUCUUACCAUGCCCUUGGCAAGUGGGCACUUAGGUCUGGGCGUGUUAGGUGGUGCCCAAUCGCCCUAUUCACCCUAUGAAAAGCUGGCCUCGAUGAUUUCACCUCCGCCCAAUAACUACCUAGUCGCGUGCGAUCUGCACCCCUCCGUGUCGGGACGUGUUUCAAACUCAUCUCAACAGCAUCUAAGCCAUAACGGUCACAAAAAGGACUCUACGACACCUCACGGACAUACCGAUGUCAACGGAGGGAAAUUUGGUUACUCUGGCCAUAUAUCUGGAGGAGAAAGCGGAGACACAGAUGUUACCGGCGAAAAGUUUUCCUAUCCCGACCACAUCUCUGGAGGAGAUAGCGGCGACGCAGAUGUCAAUGGAGAGAAAUUCGGCUAUUCUGCCCAUAUAUCAGGGGGAGAUAGCGGUCCUGAUGUCAACGGAGGAACGAACUGGCUUCAAAUACAUCCUGACCGUGAGGUACGACUUCAUAUGCCGACUGAACUGGAGGCAAGGUUCCACAUGCCCUCAGAUCGAAGGCUGCGGCUCAACAUGCCGCCUGAGCGGGGGCAGCUGAACCGAAAUCUUUCUCAAACCGCAGCUCCCAUUUGCCCCCCGGAUUGGAAGCCAGAUGAUUGGAAGAAUGGAGACGGAACCAUCGUUAGUCUGUCCUCCGAUCUGCCCGUAGUCGUGUCCCUCACUCCAACCCCGCCUCCUAUAACAGACGACUCGGCGGGAACCGGACUCAAGUUGAGUGAGCGACUGUCUCCGGGGCAGAGACCACAGUAUUUCCUGGACAAAGGCCAAGAGGGCAGCAGUGUCGCUCCAGAUCAGUGCAGUCCAAGCAUCCACGCCAUUCACCAGCAGCCCCAAUCCGUCCUGCUGAACGGAUUCCAAGGUGCCACCCAGCAGGCCAAAAUAUCGGUCUCCGCCUCGCCAAAGGCGUCGGUGUCAGCUGGAGGAGGGGGACUAAGCCGCGCUGGGAGUGCCAGUGACAUGGAGGAGAUCAACACAAAGGAUCUAGCCCAGCGCAUCUCGGCAGAGCUCAAGAGAUACAGUAUUCCACAGGCGAUCUUCGCGCAGCGGGUCCUCUGUCGCUCGCAGGGCACCUUGUCCGACCUGCUGCGUAACCCGAAACCGUGGUCCAAGCUAAAGUCCGGCCGCGAGACCUUUCGCAGGAUGUACAAGUGGCUCCAGGAGCCCGAGUUCCAGCGCAUGUCUGCUCUGCGGAUGGCCGCUGCCCAAAUCCCCCAGCGCACGCCUUUAUGUGCUGGGACGCCGCUUGGGUCAGCAGCAGGAUCAAAUAGUUCCACGGCGACCAUGCCGACGGACUUGGACCUACAUGUUGGGCCAACGAUGACCCCAAGUGCUUCAGCUCCGCCCAGUGAAUCUGUAUCUUCGUCUGCAUCCACACCUGUCAUUAACGUUUCCGUUACCAACGUCGUUAAUUGUCGUCGAAAGGAAGAGCCUCAGAUCGAGCAAAUGCCUCAGCCAAAGAAACCACGAUUGGUCUUCACCGAUCUUCAGCGACGAACAUUGCAAGCAAUUUUCAAAGAGACCAAGAGACCUUCGAAGGAGAUGCAAGUCACGAUCGCGCGACAGUUGGGACUUGAACCUACUACCGUGGGUAAUUUCUUCAUGAACGCCCGCAGGAGAUCGAUGGACAAGUGGCGGGACGACGACUCCAAAAACACUAUGCAUUUAAUGCAUAACCGCCAGCAACAACAAGAAGAGCAGGAAGAAGACGAGGGCCACAGUCAGAGUCAGAACCAAGACCAGAGCCACAAUCACAACCAUAAUCAGAUUACGAGCAAUAGUUUAACGCACGAAAACUACUCCAGCCUCCACACAACAGCCAUGUCGCCGCUGGGAGCCUUUGAUGAAGAGACUGAUAUGGACUUGGAGUUGGAAAGUCACGAUUUUGAUUUGGUGGACCCCGAUGACCAUGGGGAUAACAACGACCCGAAUGGUGACAUGUUGUGACAGCAUAGCCGAAACAGUCGUCCGAAGUGCAAGAAGCCCGAAAUAUUAACAAAGUGCGCCAGUACUCGCCCCUUCAACCGCCCCCACACUCAGUCUCACACGCACAGGACUCUUUCGAGGAGGGCGAUGGAAGUCAAUAUUCGUCACAUUUUAAGGAAGAACGAAUCAGAUUAUAAUGGUAGUAAUAGAGAGGGCAGCUAUCACGAUGACCGGAAUGAAGGACCGUUGAACUAUUUGCUUGGAAACGAACAACUAUCAGAUGAGAAGAUUCAAAUGAAGCAAAGCUUUUGCCCAGGCAUACACGAGCAGAACACCAAUAUCUUUAUUGAUGAAGUGGGCUUUUCCAAUUGCUUGGAUGACUUAAAGGUCAUGAUAGUUUGCUGAGCAGAAAAGAGUUAACAAAUUUAUGUGACUACUCUGAAAUAGUUUAACUGCUCGAAUGGUUCAAACAAUAAUUAAGUUAAUACAUUUUUGAGUUCCUUAGAAACCUGCAAUAGUAAAUUCUUACAUUUUUUCUUGAUCUUUGUUUUACGUUUUCAGAUAGUUUAAUUCUGUUUGAUAUAACAGUACGAUUAUUGUUUUUAAUAAUACGAAAUUGAUCUCGAAUAUUUGUUAUUCCCAUGCUAAGGGUGUUUUAAAAUUUAUAUUUUCUUCACCAGCAUUACUAGUCAUAUCGAUUUAAAUAUGAAUAUUUUGUCAACACUAUAUAACUGGGCAUUUGGCUCUAUUUGCGUCAUGAAAAAUCUUGACAUACGGUUAUAUUUAGGGAAUUCAUAUUAAUUAAUUGUGAUCGUUUUUUUUUUUAAGUUGCCUUCUUUACCUUAUCCAAGAUAUCUUAGAUAAUGAUAAAACCGCAAUUUCUUAAGCUGGAGAUAGUCAAAAGGUCGUUUCUAAAAGCACCCAAGUCUGUAAAAAUAUUGUAUAUAAACUUUUACUCAUCUGAAACGUUCGUCACUUAAAUGAAUACAAUAAUUAAUUAUUUUGUUAUAUAAUUAUUUUGCUAAAUAACUUGCGAAUUAACUUUCGUUUUUUUAAAAAAAAAAUUUCUUUAAUCCCUCGGGCGACAGCUCGACAUAACCCUUGACAUAACCCCUUUUUGAGAGUUUAUUACAUUUUAACUGGCUAGAUUAGUUUUGUGGAAGUAUAACCCAAUUUUGCUUCCACCAUAAAUACCUUUUCAUUGAUCGUACUACUUCAACUACUGCUCCUAACAGCCAAUUUAAUGAAACCGUGCUGAAUAUUACUUGUUGCGAAAAAUACUGUGUACUGUGAAUCAGAUGUCUCAUAUUUUACGAAAACGCAAUUAAAGUAUUCACUUAAGUUGCAAAAGUUUCAAAUGUGUUGGAGUGUAAGCAGUUCUUACAACAAUUUCCAUAUCAAAUAUUUUGCUAGCUUACAAGACACCAGUCUAUGUAAUCUGUUGGUGGCAUAACGCUUUAUUUAAAAUAAUAGAAAUUUACUGAAAAGUCUUGGAGUCAUGUUACUCGUGUACAAAUUUUUUAAUCUUUGUUAAUGCUAUUCUUCAGUGAUAAUGAUACACAACAAAAUUCGUGGCGCAGCGGAAUUGUUCGGAUUAUUAUAUUUUACUUGGGUAAUUGCCGGCUGUUAGAAGCGACACCUUAACUAUCUUUAGCUAAAAAACCGCGGCGUGAGUUAUUAAAGUCAAAUGAGUAAUUAAUUCUAAUUUUCAACGUUGAUGGCUACUAUGGGCUAUUUAACAAUUAAAAUAUUGCAAAUAUCUGGUUCAGAAUAUAAAAAUAAUUUUUUUUACAUAAGUCAAUGAUAUUCAUUAUUUUCUCCGAUUACGUUUAACAGUUUAAAUGAAUACCCUAAAUUUAUUUCAAUCCCACAGUAGGUCUCUUUCGCACAAUAAAUCCAGCCACUCAGUUAAACUUAAGGCAAGCCUUCAACCUUUUUAGCUUUAACUAAAUGGGAGUAAAAAUGACACUGGCCUUGGGCAAAUGGAUAAGGCAUCCUUCGCGAAGCAUAAAUGUGUAUGUAUGUAGAUAUAUUAGUUUAAACACCAUUAAAGAAAUGUAAAUGGAGAAACCCAAUUUAAAAAAAAAAACAUAAUUAAUAACUUCAAAAUAACUGUAUCUAGUCAAAUUUAUAACAUAAAAAGAAAUCAAUUUACAUAGUUCAUGCAAAUAUUAUAUUUAGUAUAGAAUUAUUUAUUCCACAUACACAUUCUAGCACACUCAUUCACAUUAAAAAGGUUAUGAUGUACCUUUUGUAUUUACCCUUUUUUUAAUAUAAUAUGGGCCAAAUAUUGAUUAUUAAUGUGAAUAUAUCAGAUGUAACCGACUAAAAAUCGUGAACCAAUUGGGUUAUUAUAUAAGAAACUGUAAAUAAAUUAAAUAUUUAACAAACCCUUCCAGUUAAGUUUGAAUGGAGAUAUUCCAUAAAAAACCCGCUUACUUCAUGGAAGAAACCACAAUAAAUUAUGAUUCAUCUUUAAACGAUACCAAAUGCUUAAACAAUACUCAAAUGUCAUUAUAGCAGGCAUUAUGUUAAUAUCUGUAGGGUAUAUUAUGCAAUAAGGGUACGCCUCUCGAUGUAUGCUAGUCAAUUUAGUUUAAAUAAAAUUUAGCAACCUACUGCGAAUGGAGGGUAGGCAUGUUUAGGCACAUUCAUAAUUUAAGUAUUUAUGUAAAAAUCCAGCAAUGCAAUAAUAAAUUAAAAGCUAACUUAAUAAGUAA